CAAAUUGACCUUUGUAAGGAAUUAAAUUGGUCAUAAAGUCUAAUUAAACCGGUCCAAACCGGUUCUGUUCUCGCUGGCUCGGCCACCGCUUUUCAACAGAACAAUCUGUCUUUUUCUCUGUCUCACUCUCUCACUCACUCACCGGAGCAAAGUGAUGUCGGUGUGUUCUUCGUCUUCUUCUUCUCAGAAAACAUGGAUUGUUAACGGGAUCUUGGCCGGAACAGCGAUUGCAGCCGCAAUCGGCGCACGUGCUUAUCUGGGUCGAUCCAAGAAAUUCCGGAGCCGGGUCGUCGGAAUCAUUCCCGCACGUUACGCUUCCUCUCGAUUCGAGGGUAAGCCUCUCGUGCAAAUCCUCGGCAAACCCAUGAUCCAGAGAACUUGGGAGAGGUCGAAGUUAGCUACUACGCUUGAUCAUAUUGUUGUAGCCACUGAUGAUGAAAGAAUCGCGGAGUGUUGUCGUGGAUUUGGUGCCGAUGUUAUCAUGACUUCAGAGUCUUGCAGAAAUGGCACUGAGAGGUGCAACGAAGCGCUAGAAAAGCUGGAGAAGAAGUAUGAUGUCGUUGUUAACAUUCAAGGAGAUGAACCACUUAUUGAGCCUGAGAUUAUAGACGGUGUAGUCAAAGCACUUCAGGUAACACCGGAUGCAGUGUUUAGCACAGCGGUGACAUCAUUGAAACCAGAAGACGGGCUUGAUCCUAACCGAGUUAAAUGUGUGGUGGACAAUCGUGGCUAUGCUAUCUAUUUCUCAAGGGGUUUGAUUCCUUAUAACAAGAGUGGUAAAGUCAAUCCAGAUUUUCCGUACAUGCUUCAUCUUGGAAUUCAGAGCUUUGAUUCGAAGUUUCUGAAGGUAUAUUCAGAGCUUCAACCAACGCCAUUGCAGCAAGAAGAGGAUCUAGAACAGCUCAAAGUUCUUGAGAAUGGCUACAAAAUGAAGGUUAUAAAGGUAGAUCAUGAAGCUCAUGGAGUUGACACACCCGAUGAUGUCGAAAAGAUUGAAUCUUUAAUGCGCGAAAGAAACAUGUCCUAGUCCACAAAAUCAUUUUCCUUUCUUUUCUUUUUUUCCCUUUCAUUAGGAGUACGUGAUAAACGCCUUGAAAGAGUUGUGGCAUUGUGUGUGAGACAUCGAAGGUUUACUGAUACGACAUCGAAGGUUUACUAUCAUUUACCUAAAGAAAGUAUCGUGUUACUUUUUGAUAGUAUCGAUCUUUUUAUUUUCCCCUUAAUUCCUUUUUAGUAUCGAUCUCCUUUGUUACUCUCUGAUAUUGAUGUUUGUAAACUUUUGAAAUCGAUGAUUACGCUCCUGAUUACGUUAGUGUUGACUGUUGAGAUCCUCAAAACGAUUGAGAAACAGGAAACGGUCGAGUUUGUGCAUUGCAUUUGUAGAAUAUAUCCUUCAAUCAGUUCCAAAG